CACUUAAAAGAGCAAAGAUCUGGUCACAACCACAAGACACGGAUCGAUGAAUACAAUAGUAAAGUUUGAAAACUCGACGAAGAAGAUGUCUGCCAAGAUGCGUCACGGCCUCACGACAGCGAUCCUUCUGUUCAUUCUGGUUCCGGUCGGUGAGGCUAUUUGGCUAGACGUGCCUACCACGGGAACUAAGUGCGUGUCUGAAGAAAUACAGAGCAAUAUUGUCGUCUUGGCCGAUUACAUCAUCAUCUCCGAGGAUCAUUCCCUCAAACCCACUAUAUCCGCCAAGGUGACGUCACCAUACGGCAACAAUUUGCACCAUUCGGAAAACGUGACGCAUGGAGAAUUUGCGUUUACAACGAAAGAAUCAGGGAACUACAUAGCCUGCUUUUGGGCAGAUGCAAAGAGUCACGGCAACAAGGACGUUAGCAUCAACGUUGAAUGGAAAACUGGAAUCGCUACUAAGGAUUGGGCCUCUAUUGCUAAGAGAGAGAAGCUCGAGGGAGUGGAGCUGGAGAUUAGGAAACUUGAAGGGGCAGUCGAAGCCAUCCAUGAGAAUCUAAUCUACCUAAGAAACAAAGAAGCAGACAUGAGGACAGUGAGUGAGAAAACGAACUCGCGAGUAGCUUGGUGCAGUAUGAUGUCACUGGGUAUUUGCAUUGUUGUCUCUGGAUUACAAGUAGCCUACUUGAAGCACUACUUUGAGAAGAAGAAACUCAUCUAAGCAUAUUGUCUCAUCCACUUCCUUCUUAAGAGUUUUCUUAUUAAAAGGAACAAAUAUUUUUUUUUUUUUUGACAGCAGGAACAAAUAUUCAUUUCCUCUCCUUUCUUUCGUGUUUGCAUUUUUGCACUUUAUGUUUGUUCAGGGCUAUAAGGCUAAACAUUAUUUUUUCUAACAUUGAUUUAUUGUUCUAUUACAUUUAAAAUAUUAUAUCAAACACUAUAAAUUUUUAUUUAGUUUAUGAAGGUUCAUGUGUUUACGGUUAAAUUUGCACCAGUUCAAAACCGUUUUAUGAAAACUAAUU